AUCAGUUCCUUUAACCAAUCGGAGAUUAUAUAUAUAUUUUUUUCUAUUAUUGAAGCAUACAAACACAAUUCGUUCUGUGACAACAUGAAUAUAUAUAUAAGUAUAUAAGUAUAUAUAUAUAAGUAGUUAAAUAUAAACAAAUGAGACUACAUCAUUGAAACAAAACAUUCAAUCUUGAGUAACUAUUCAACUUCAGCGCGAAUUUCAUUUAAAAGUUUAUUACAUAAUUCUAUUCAAUUUUUUUGUUGUUGAAAAAAAGGACAAUCAAACAAACAAAGAAACACAUUUGGAAGGAUUCGAACAAGGAUCACAAUGAAUCAUUUCAUAACUACAUCAGUAUUGAUCUUAUUCAUUGUUAACUUCUGUUGGUAUAAUCCUGUGAAAAGUCAAUAUCCUCCCGCUUUUCGCGCAUUCGACUUAGAGGAUGAAUAUCCAGAAAUGCCUGGACGGUAUUCACCAUCAAUGCAUAAAGAUCAUGCAACACAUUUCAAUUAUAAAGAUAGAUUUCGUUGGAGUAAACGUGUUCCACCUUAUAUAACCGGUGGAAUUCGAUAUCGAUAAAUAAACGAACAAUAUUUACAGAAAAUGUAGACAUGCACGUUCGCGUGUGUGUGUGUUUAUGUUGCUAAGUAACAGUUGUUCACUCGUUUUUUUUUAAAAAAAAGAAAGAUAUAAUUACAAAUCAAAUACAUACACUAUAUCUCAAUGUAAAACAAGGGUAAUGAAUGUGAACUGUAAACAUUUUUAUGAAAUAAACAGCGCAUAGAUACAUAUAUGUCAUAUGUGUUAUUAUUAUAAA